UAUCACAGCAAAUAUAUUUUGAAAAUUUUUAGAAAAAUUUGUAUACAAAUUCUUAAGUAAAAUAUUUUUUGAAACAACUAUAAAAGUCGAAAUCCGUCUUUUAAAUUAUCUUCAGUUACUUUUAUUUCUUUGAGUUUAAACCACAUAUUGGGCAUUUAAGCAUAACAAUCAUGGCCGAAGAAGAACAUCAACCAGCCGUAGGUCCACAUAAAUCUCCGCUUGGUCUAUCCCCCGCUGAUUUUGCUCAUAGCGUACCUGUUCUUCUAUGGAAGCUAGGCAUUGCUUUGGGCUGUAAACGACCCAUGUUGGAGCAUCACGUAGAAGUCGCCGCACCAGAAACUAAAAUUAACAUAAAUCUCAAUCAUUUCCGGCAAAGAUUUAGGCAAUUGCACUCCAUGGAGGAUACGCAUGACCAGGUGCUAGAUGAGCAUCGGUAUAAGCUCUUUCUACAUCUCUAUAGGCUGCUUACGAGACUAGAACCAAAUGAAUCCAAACGUCAGCAAUAUCUACUAUUUUGCUACAACCUUUUUGAUACGGAAAAGCCGCAACAAGUGCAUCUGGAUGAAAAGUUGCGAUAUCAGGAGCAUAUCACCGAAUCCCUUAUCUCGGUAGCUCGAAAUGUAAUGCAUCUAAAUGAGGAGAAUUCGGAGCGUCCUUCGGAAGUAAGAUCUAUCAAUAUUGAAAAUUUUUUUCCUAUGCCCAAAAGGUGUUGCCCUCCACAAAUAUUGGAAGUAGGGUUUGCCAUUGUGGAAUAUAGCGCAUCGAAGUUUAGCUGUAACUCAAAAGGUUUGCUUUGGGAGCAGGCAAGCUAUAAAAUAAGUUAUAUUCAGGCGAGGAAAGCGGCAAAUUCAAAAAAUAUUAGGGAAGAACCGAAGCCGAACAAAGACGAUGAAAUGGAAGUGAUUUUUAUGUUGAAUUGGAAUAGUCCUGCUAAAUCAUUUUCAAGCAGUUCAGAGCUUAUGCUCUAUGAAGAUAUUGGAAUCCAGUUGACAGAAUGCAAUUCGAAUAAUCGCGAAUCAAGAGCUGCUGAAAUAUGCGAAAAGAGAAGGGAUAUUAUCAAGGAGACAGCUGAGGUAGGAUGUCAGUUUGUGGAACCGACACGAUCUGAACUUUUAAAUAAAUCUCAGCAAACUGAACUACACCACACGCUGUCAGAUCAGGGCGUUCAAACAAAUCAAAGUGCAUUUUCCGAUAUAGCUACGAAUACUGAUGACGAAUUGCUUCUGGUACAAAUCAAUGGUAUAGAAACACCAGAAACAGGAACAAGUACAGGUGAAAUGUUCGGCGAUAUCGAUUGGAAAAUAAGAGAAAAGCAAGCAAUAUCCACGAAAGUUAUGCCUGAAUUCGAUCGGUCUAGUGAAUAUCGCCAAUUUACUACUACGAAAAACCCUACCAGUCUCUGUAUGGAGCAAGUGAAGCCAUCUGUCUGGUGGGCAAAUCAGCACGUGACCUCACCUAUGGAUCAUUUUCUUUUGACGACAUCUGAAGAAAUGCUGUCACAGAUCGGUCAUACAAUAACAGAACAAGAACCGAUGGUCAGUAGUCCAACAAUGCACCAGAAUUCAAUAACUUCAAGAAUCAGUUCCAGCACUCACCUAGAGCUGCGCAAUCAAUAUCCCUCAUAUUACCAUCGACAUUACAUUUUUGAAGAAAGUUUGGCGGAAAUUGAUCUGCCGAUAAUGGAGCAAGAACUGAUAACAGUUCCGUCAAGAGAGCAGCAAGAGUCGACAGUUUCUCGAGUUUAUUCCAGGGUUCACGCAGAGACAAGUAGUCCAGUCACAAGCAACUGGCAACAUCAAGCGCAGCCAAAUAUUGAACAAUCGAUAGCUCAACGGGAAUCGAUAUCUACAACACUUUUCACCGAAACUGAUCAGUACACACUUUCCAUUUCGGAGCAACCUACGCUUACAUCCUCGACAGCUAGCUGGCAACAACUGUGGCAGGAUGAAGUAUCUAAAGAAAUGUUGCCAGAAAUUGAUAAGUCGAUAGCACUGCAAAAACUGAUGCCCGAAGGAUCGAUUCUAUUAGAGCGCCUGCCCUCUCCCACUGGGAGGCAACAAGAUAUGCUGUCAGACCCUGUUCAGUCGACAAUCUCUGAAGAAGAUAUAACUGAAAAAGUUACUUCCGACUAUCGUUUAGAGGGAGUUAAUCAAGUGCGCGAACCUGCCACAUGGCAACAUCCGCAGCAGCCGAAAGACAUAUCAAUUAAUCACACGAUAAAUCAGCAAUCGGUGCCCGAUGGAUCGAUAAAACGGCAAAAAUCGAUGCCUUUAAGAGCUACUUCUAGCGUUCUAUUAGAGCGCCUGCCCUCUCCCACUGGGAGGCAACAAGAUAUGCUGUCAGACUCUGUUCAGUCGACAAUCUCUGAAGAAGAUAUAACUAAAAAAGUUUCUUCCGACUGUCGUUUAGAGGGAGUUAAUCAAGUGCGCGAACCUGCCACAUGGCAACAUCCGCAGCAGCCGAAAGACAUAUCAAUUAAUCACACUAUAAAUCAGCAAUCGGUGCCUGAUGGAUCAAUAAAACGGCAAGAAUCGAUGCCUUUAAGAGCUACUUCUAGCGUUAUAUUAGAGCGCCUGCCCUCUCCCACUGGGAGGCAACAAGAUUUGCUGUCAGACCCUGUUCAGUCGAUAACCUCUGAAGAAGAUAUAACUGAAAAAGUUACUUCCGACUAUCGUUUAGAGGGAGUUAAUCAAGUGCGCGAACCUGCCACAUGGCAACAUCCGCAGCAGCCGAAAGACAUAUCAAUUAAUCACACUAUAAAUCAGCAAUCGGUGCCCGAUGGAUCAAUGAAACGGCAAGAAUCGAUAUCUUUAAGAGCUACUUCUAGCGUUUUAUUUGCGCGAUCGAAGCGCGUGGCCCCUCCAACUGGGUGGCAGCCAGGAUUGCUGUCAGACUCUGUUCCGUCGAUAACCUCUGCAGAAGAUAUAUCUGAACAAAAAACUGGCGACUGCCUUUUAGAGAUAGUUAAGCAAGUGCGAGAACUAACCACAUGGCAAAAUCCGCAGCAGACCAAAGAGAUGUCAAUUAAUCAGACAAUUAGCCGACAAUCGAUGUCCGAUGAAACGAUCACACGGCAACAAUCGAUAACCAAGUGGCAACAUCAACGGCACGUUAUAGCUGCCUCUCGUUUCAUUGUAAAGCAAUUUCAAUGUAACCCCGCCUAUCAAUGCUCGCCCAUGGAGCGCGAUGCGCCCAAUUUCUUUGCGCAAUGGACACAAUUCCAUGAGAUUGUAGCGACCCAAGCAAAAUGGAACCAAGCCAAUCGGAACCCCACGCUCGAUGUCGUUGCGAUCCGAAGACGCUUAAAAGCUUUUUUGCGUUGCAUGCGCAAGAAAUAUUCCUUCGAACCGGAAGAGUGUGUGGCCGCAAUUGCCAAAUGCCAAAUUCAACAGCUGCUCACCGCCGACGAACUGCGGGAAUACGAGACGAUGCGCUGGCAGCAGCGGGAUCGCGGCACUGCCAGGGAACUGUCGCAUGAGGAGCGAUUGCAGGAUGCGCUGCACGGCAUGCUGGGCUACGAGUGCCAGCAGCUGCGUUCCUCGGCUCUGGGUCCACGCCUGAUGUUGCGCUCGCCGCAUCAUCAGCGCAGCGUAAGCGAAUCCUAUCUGCUCCUGUCGCUGGCCGAGGUGGGCUACUACUACAGAUGCCUUCAGCAGCUGCAGAAGCAUCUGCAACAACUGGGCGAAUGUGGGCGAGCGUUGACGCCCUGUUUGCUGGCUGAAUUGCUCAACUAUUCCGAGUUUUAUAAACGGCAAAAAGUGCAGCCCAAGAGUCUUCUGCACUUAUUCUGGCAAACGAGAAGCUAUCGACAGCGCUUCCAGUGGCUAUUGCAGAUCUGUGGCGGCUUUAGCAGGCGACAGCCAUUGCUGCAAUAUUUGCAAUUGCAGCUGGGUCAGGGCAACGCAGCCUGCGAUAUGCUGCUGCAGUUGUGGCUGCGUUGUGCCGCCGAGCCGCUGCUGGCCAGGAUUAGUAGCUGGCUGCUGCGCGGCGAGCUGCCGGCGGAUGAGUUUUUUAUUGUGAAGCGCCGCAGCGACAAUUACCUUGUGGAGCACUAUUGGACGCAGCAAUUUGAGCUGGUGCAGCAACAAUUGCCGUAUUUUCUGAGCCAAGCGCUGGCACUGCAGCUACUCGGCGCGGGCCGAAAUCAACAUUAUGCCCGUCAAUUUCUGGGACGGCAGCUGGAGCUGACACUAUCUGAUGCAGAAAUGCGUGAGCAAUUGGCAGCCGCCUGUGCCAGCAGCUAUCGUGAGCUGGAUGUGCAGCCACUCGCUGAGCUUGUUACCGGCCUGCAGCUGCAGACAUCCAGAGAGCUGCUGCAGCAGCUGCAUCAAGCGAGUCCGCAACCCUUGGAGCUGCUCAGCCGACUGCAUCAAUAUUGGCUGCUAACAGACGUGGAAUUUGUGCGAGAAUUGAUCGAGCUGCUGGAGCCGGCGCUGGAGCAGCCCGCCGAAUACUUUAAUCCAAAGCAACUGAACAAAAUGUUGGAGCAGCUGCUCUGCGCCCACAAUGAGAAUCUCUAUGUGGUUAAGGGUGACCACAAGGGCAGCCAGAGCUGGUGCUGCUUCCUCUUACGCUGGCAGCAGCCGGCCCACUGGUUGCCCUUACUGGGCGCGCGCCAGUUGCAAUACGAGACCAGCUUUGCCUGCCUCUGGCAGCUGCACUAUGCGGACUAUGUGCUCAAUGAGCGGAUAAGGCGACAUCAAGCGCACUUUUGGGAGCGCAUCAAUUUGGCGCACUCGAAGGAUGCGCGGCAUGUGAGAGAUCGCUUCGAGCAGUUCAGUGACCGGCUGCAGGAGUUUAUGCUACAGCUGCGCAGCUAUAUGCUGCAGAAUGUGCUGGGCAGCGCUUAUGAGCGUCUAUAUUUUGGCUGCAGUACGUCAAAAACUCUGGAUGAGCUGCUCGAGCUGCAUGGUGCGUAUCUGGAAAGCAUUGAGUACGGCAUUAUGCAGAGGGGGAAAUGCGGCAAGUUGCAGCACUAUCUGGGACAGCUCUAUGCGUCCAUUAUUCAUCUGGAUGCAGUGCAGCAAAAGUUUCUAUCACUCGGUCAGCUAUUCAAUCAACGCUUGAAUAAACGGGAAUCGGCACAGCAACUGCUUCUGGAACUGCGUUGGUCCUGCCAGAAUACAUGCGAUGCCAUCAACGAUUUGGAGCACGAUUUUCAAUUGGUUUUGGCCCAGUUUUUGACUGGCCUCUACGCCACAGGGGAGACGCAGCUGCAGGCGCUGGCCAAAAAAUUGGAUCGACAUGGGUAUUACGAGCAGCGAUUUAGGGAACUAAAGGAGGCGCAAACGUUUAAAUUUCAGCGAAAACUAAAAACCAAAAGGAAAUCGCAAUUCGAUUAGCUUCAAAAUUGAGCACAAAAUUUCAUUCUUUUUCUUUUUUAUUGAUUUUUGGCAAUUGAGAAUUUGGUUUUUUAUAAUUUUAUAUAA